UGGAGUGAGAAAGUGGGGCUCUGCUGUGUUUUUCUGGCUCUUUCUGCGUGUUUUCGGCUCCCGGUCCGGCGCCUCGGGCCCGGCGGCCCCGCGGCGGGACGCAGCAAGCAUGAGCCUGGACCCGGACAUCAGCAGGAGGAACCCGCAGGACGACUUCCAGCUCAUCCAGAGGAUUGGCAGUGGCACCUAUGGAGAUGUAUACAAGGGAGGAUCGUCAGCACGGGCGAGCUGGCAGCCAUCAAGGUCAUCAAACUGGAUCCUGGGGAGGACUUUGCGGUGGUGCAGCAGGAGAUCGUGAUGAUGAAAGACUGUAAACACUCCAACAUCGUGGCGUACUACGGCAGCUACCUCAGGAGAGAGAAGUUGUGGAUCUGUAUGGAGUUCUGUGGAGGAGGAUCACUGCAGGACAUCUACCACAUAACCGGCCCGCUCACCGAGUCCCAGAUCGCCUACAUGACCCGAGAAACUCUCCAGGGACUUUACUAUCUGCACAGCCGAGGCAAGAUGCACCGAGACAUCAAGGGAGCGAACAUCCUGCUGACAGAUAACGGAUACGUCAAACUGGCGGACUUCGGCGUGUCGGCUCAGAUCACCAUGACCAUCGCCAAGAGGAAGUCCUUCAUCGGGACGCCAUACUGGAUGGCUCCCGAGGUGGCGGCGGUGGAGAGGAAAGGCGGCUACAACCAGCUGUGUGACAUCUGGGCCGUCGGCAUCACCGCCAUCGAGCUGGCAGAGCUGCAGCCGCCCAUGUUCGACCUCCACCCCAUGAGAGCUCUGCUGCUCAUGACCAAAAGUAACUUUCAGCCUCCAAAACUCAAAGACAAGGGCAAGUGGAGCAGUAACUUCCAUCAGUUUGUGAAAGUGGCUCUGACCAAAAACACCAAGAAGAGACCAGCUGCUGACAAGCUGCUGCAGCACCCGUUCGUCUCCCAGCCGCUCAGUCGGACUCUGGCCAUCGAGCUGCUGGACAAGGCCAGCAACCCGGACCAGAGCGCCUUCCAGGACCACCUGGACGACGAGGAGGCGGAGCCAGAGGUCGCCGCCGCCGACGUGCCGCACCGCAUUCCGUCUGGAAACAGCCGCGAGGGGAAGACCCUGUCCGAGCUCAACUUUGACCAGGUGAAGUUUGACCCUCCACUGAGGAAGGAGACUGAAGCUCAUCAUGAGGCGCUGGACUCAGACUGCUUCCAGGACUGUGUGGAGGAGCUCUACUACACGGCCAGAUCCAGCCUGGAUCUGCAGAUGGAGUACGAGAACGCGGCUGCAGGAUCCAUCCUGGGAAGAAACAGGAGCCUUCUCAAGUCGGUGGAGGAGGAGCUGAACCAAAGGGGUCACCAGACUCACCUGGAGGAUGGAGCCGAUGAUGACGAGGACGAUGAAGACGAGGCUGCCGAUGACGACGACGACGGUUUUGUGGAGGAAGGGGACGACGGCGACCAAUCAGCUGUCGGUGAUGCUGGAGAUCACCAUGACGACGGCGACGAUGAAACACAACAGGUGCCUGACUCGACCCUGCGGCCCACAGCGCCCCCUGCUGCUCCACCUGCGCAGGACGAGGCCCCGCCCCCUGAUGACGCCGGUCACCAUGACGACCAGGGAACUAUAAAGCGCCGCCCUCAAUCGGGAAGCCCCGCCCACUCCGCCCCCCACACCCCGGGCCCGCCCAGACCGCCGCCCCCAAAGCUGCCCCCCCGCCGGCUCAGCAGCCCAGGGGACGUCCCGUCCUCGGAGCAGCAGUCCACACCGCCCCCUGCUGGUCACAGGAGAGAACUGCCGAAACCAAUCAGCAACGGACUGCCGCCCACGCCCAAGGUCCAUAUGGGAGCGUGUUUCUCCAAAGUGUUUAACGGCUGCCCGCUGAAGAUCCACAGCGCCGCGUCCUGGGUCAACCCUGACACCAGAGAUCAGUAUCUGAUCUUCGGAGCCGAGGAGGGAAUUUACACCUUAAACCUGAACGAGCUGCAUGAGAACUACAUGGAGCAGCUGUUUCCUCGGAGGUGCACCUGGGUCUACGUCAUGAACAACAACCUGCUCUCCAUAUCGGGUAAAGCCUCCCAGCUGUACUGCCACAGUCUGCCCGGUCUGUUCGAACAGGCUCGACAGAAACAGAAGCUUCCGGUUUCCCUGCCGACGCACCGCCUGCCGGACCGCAUCCUGCCCCGGAGGUUUUCCAUCUCCAGUAAGAUCCCGGACACUAAGGGCUGCCUGAAGUGCUGCGUGGUGAGGAACCCCUACACGGGUCACAAGUACCUGGGCGGAGCCUUCCAGUGCGGCGUGGUGCUGCUGGAGUGGGUGGAGCCGAUGCAGAAGUUCAUGCUUGUCAAGAACGUGGACUUCCAGCCCCCCUGUCCUCUGGAGGUGUUUGAGCUGCUGGUGGUCCCGGAGCAGCCGUACCCUCUGAUCUGCCUGGGCCUCAGCCGGGGGUCCGAACCCACCCAGCCCGUCGGCUUCCAGACCCUCGACCCCAACUCGUCCUGCCCCGAGCUCCGGGAGUCAGAAAACCCUCAGACCUGCGUGAUCCAUGUGACCCAACUGGAGAGAGACGCUAUCCUGGUCUGCCUGGACCGUUGUAUAAAGAUCGUCAAUCUGCAGGGGAAGCUGAAGUCCAGCAAGAAGCUUUCAGCCGAGCUCACCUUCAACUUCCAGAUUGAGUCUGUUGUGUGUUUACAGGACAGCGUUCUGGCCUUCUGGAGACACGGCAUGCAGGGGCGGAGCUUCAAGUCUAAUGAGAUCACUCAGGAGAUCAGCGACAGCAGCAGGAUGUUCCGCCUGUUGGGGUCCGACAGGGUGGUGGUGCUAGAGAGCAGAGCCACAGACCACCCAACUGAGCCCAGCAACCUGUACAUCCUGGCCGGACACGAGAACAGCUACUGACCCCCAGAUCAGGACCAGACCGGGACCAGAUCAGGACCAGACCGAGACAAGCCUGGGACCAGAUCAGGACCAGAUCAGGAUCGGACCAGUCCUGUUCUGAUCCCAUCCUGUUCCGGUGUCAGAGAAUUGGACUGGUUUCCUCUGAAAGUUUCCAGAACCAAAUAUGUUCACUUGCCUUACUGGUACGUUUCUAGUGUCAUCAGUGCCAAUCCAGACUGGAACCCUGACCUUGCUGGUCCAGUACUGGUGCUCUUGUCUUAUUGGUGGACGGAGGGUCCAACAGUGUGCAGACUGAGCUGAGCCACCGCCUCCAGCCGGUCCGUCCGGUCCGGACCGCCCCUCUCGACCAGAACUCCCUGGAAGAAGAGAUCUUCUAUCUCAGUGGGACCUUCCUGGAUAAAUAAAGGAUGAAAAAAUCAAAACCCGGGAAGCUGCUGGACAGAGUGCAGCUAAAUGCUGAGUUGUAGUUCUGUGUCAAAAUGUCACCAUCCCAAUUUCCAAGGCCAAAUGAUUGAAUUUACUUUAUUUUCACAUCCUGUGACUCGCCCCAACCUGGAUGGGAUUAUAAGACGCCAAAAACACAAAUAUAUAGUACAUUCAGUGAUGCCCUAACUAAGCAGUGCUGUUACAUGGUCAUUAAUAUGCUGUUAAAUAGAUCAUUAAAAUGAUCUAUUUAAAGGUCAGAUCAGUGAUGCUGGAUCAGUUUUCUUGUGCUUUCACAAGUAUUGAAAUGAACUUUUUAUCAUUCUUAUUUUAUUUAUUUACUUAUUUAUGUAUUUGAAUCCCCAGUAGUCACAACCAAGUCAGCAACUCACAAGUAAACAUCACAUCAUCAUGCAAAAGAAUGAUGUAACUACAGAAAAAAAAAGAAUUAGCAACGAUUAUACUUCUAACAGUGAUAAUAACAGCAAUGACAGCAUGCGCCCACGUUCUGUCGACAUAAUCAGCAAAACAUGUGAUGCCGCUCAGAAAUGGUAGUCGUACUGAAGACAGAGUACGAUGGUCGCUGCACAGAAAAAAAUAUAAGGUGCUGGAGCUGGACCAUUUUUCCCAUUUUUUUUCUUGUAAAUUCAACUUUAUUAUCAAAAAUAUAAUAACUGAACUGAUACACAAUACUGAAUGAUCAAAAUUGUCCCCCAACUGCAGAUUUGCCGUGAAACUGAUAACGACUGUGCCAUAUAAAGUAUAUUUGUGAAAAAAAGUAUAUUUUUUGAGCAUUGUCUUCCACUCAUUUGAAGCACUUACUAACACACUUCCUAUCACAUAAUUAGACCUUUACUGAGAUGAGUUACACUAACACAAAUGAUUUCUAGUUUUCAAAAAUGUAAUAACUAAAUUGAUAACUAAUUAACAGCUCAAAUGCAACUCACCCCUUCACAGAUGUGUAUGCAGUUGUGUAAGUCCUAUGUAGUUCACAUUAUUUUAAUUAUUAUUAACAGGAGACAGGAAGAACAGAAUAACAUUGUAUUACAUUAAUGUCAGGUACCUUUUAUUGUGUUUUGCAGGAAAGACAUUAACUGGAUUAUUACAUUAUACAGUACAAAUGGUUAUUACAUUAAUGGUGUAUUACAUCAGUGGGAUGUUAUCACAGUGACAGCUGCGACAUGCAUGCAUGGGAUUAAAGUUAUAAUAAUUACAAUACUUUAUUUCUAUAGCACCUUUCAUACAGCGGGUGUAGCUCAAAGUGCUUCACCAUAAAGUGAAAAAAAAAAAAAAACAGGUAUAAAAU